UCAAGAAUUCAAGUCUAAGUUUGUCAACAUAUUCAGUUAAAUCUAUCACCAAUGAGUUAUGGGCCAAGUAGGAUUUAUUGACUACUUCACACCGUAUCAAUUUUCCAAUAUUAGACUUUUCUAACACAACUAUGUGUAUUCUAACAUCGUGUUCUUCAAUUUUGGUAGAUUGUCGGAAGAAAAUGGAAGCUCAGUCUAAUCAGACGGCAAUAGAGAGAGUUGUUUCACAUAGAGCUCGGCAAAUGGGAAGCUCAUUUCCAUGCCUAGUCUGUGUGGUGGGUUUUCUCUGGGGAGUGUGUCUCACCACUCUGUUUCUGGCUGCCCUCACUUCUUUUGGAGCGUUUGGCUUCAGCAGAGUCUCAUUGUCUACAAUUUCAAUGGGGAUUUCCCGGGGGAAUUCAAGCUCAAACAUAAUAAAUAUCUUCACAAGGUCAGGUCGAGAUUUUGAUCUGAAAAGGCCACCGGGAAAUGUCGAUUCAGUGCCAAGCAAAGAACAACAUCAAGAUAGAGAAAGAGUCUCUUUGCUUUAUUCAGCUUGGAGUGCUGUACUAAAAGAACCUGCGGAUGGAAGAGAGGAGUUGCGUAAAUUAGGACUAAGCAGAUCCAUGGUACCGUCUGCGCCUCAUUUGGAGGGCUGCAAGUCAACCGCUCGAGUAAAUAAGCAACACGACAGCUACGCUGAGAAUGAGAAAUUCCCUCCAUGGACUAAUUGGAAAGGAUUGUUGGAAAGGCACUCGGCAUCAGUAACUGAUGAGCAACUGAAGAAUUUCAGGGGCCGAGAAAUAUCUGAAAGUUUUUCUCCUCCUUGGAUAACUGGGUCAGAUCAAGAAAACUAUCCUCGCACGAGAAAAGUUCAACGCGAUUUGUGGAUCCAUCAGCAUCCUUCGAACUGCAGUGACCCUAGAGUGAGAUUCCUAGUGGCGGACUGGGAGAGAUUGCCUGGAUUUGGUAUAGGAGCUCAAAUCGCUGCAAUGUGCGGGCUCCUCGCCAUUGCUCUCCGAGAGAAACGGGUCCUCGUCACUAACUACUAUAACAGAGCCGACCAUGAUGGUUGUAAGGGAUCAGUGCGCUCGAGCUGGUCAUGCUACUUCCUCCCUGAAACAUCCCAGGAAUGCCGAGAUCGUGCACUUGAGCUGAUCGCAAGUCACGAUGCGUGGGAAAGUGGAAUUGUCACCGGGAAAACAAAUUACAGCACGAAGCAAAUAUGGCACGGCCAAAUACCCAAGUUAUGGGGGGAUCCUUGGACUUACCAGCAGCCGACAUCGGAGAUAAACGGAAGGUUAAUUUCACGUCAUUGCGAAAUGGACAUAAGAUGGUGGCGAGCGCAGGGGGUCCGUUACUUGAUGAGGUUUCAAACGGAGUACACAUGCGGCUUGAUGAAUACGGCACGCCAUGCUGCUUUUGGAGCAGAAGCAGCAAAGAUUGUCCUCACAGGUCUACCGGAAAAAUGGCCACAGGAAGUUGCGGAGAAGCCCGUGUCUGACAUCGAAAGGCUCGUGUGGUCCGAUCACAAACCGUGGGUUCCUCGGCCACUUCUAAGCAUGCAUGUGAGGAUGGGCGACAAGGCGUGCGAAAUGAAGGUGGUCGGAUUCGAAGAGUACAUGCGCCUCGCCGACCGCAUGAGGAAGCGGUUUCCUCACCUUAACAGCAUAUGGCUCUCCACUGAGAUGCAGGAAGUCAUCAAUAAGUCGAGAUCAUAUGCGAGCUGGAACUUCUACCACACUGAUGUGAGGCGACAAAUAGGCAACACUUCGAUGGCCAUAUACGAGGCGAGCCUCGGGAGAGAGACGAGCACGAACUAUCCGCUCGUGAAUUUCUUGAUGGCGUCGGACGCCGACUUUUUCAUCGGGGCGCUGGGUUCGAAUUGGUGCUUCUUCAUAGACGGCAUGCGAAACACCGGAGGGAAGGUAAUGGCUGGGUAUUUGAGCGUCAACAAGGACCGAUUUUGGUAGGGUAUCGAAGCCAUGUAUAUGUCGUUGCAUGUGUUAGGAGCGCGAUUUGUUGAAGAGAAAAAAAAAAGACAGAACAAAACAUGAAUUUUUACGUGGAAAAACCCUUUCAAAAUCAGAAAGGGAAAAACCACGAUGCUGCUCUAGACAAUUUCUCAUUAUCUGUAUCAGUCUUCAAAGUUACAAGUUACGACUAUAAAAGAAAUUGCCCAAUAUAUAGCACAAUUCUAGGGCAAGUUGUAGCAGACAUGUAUGCCAUUAACUAAUAAAAAACUUCUCUACUUUAAUAUUACUUUCCCUUAUCAGACUCUAGAACUCCAUUAAUCUCCCACUUGG